GGCCUGUGAGGGAGGCAGAGGCGGCUCCGCGGCGGGUGCGAGAUGCGCUCAGAGAAGGAGGGGACAGGAGGGCCAGGGCCUGCCGUUGCUGCGCGAUGCCCGAGCGGGAGGGAGAAGCCGUCGGCCGUGGAAGUCCUGUUUCGCCGGGAGUCGCCACGGCGAGAGCCCGAGGCGCCACCAGCCUCGUCCUUGGGCUGCGGGAGUGGCACUUGCAAACCUCGCGAGGAGAAGAAAACGGUCCUGAGCAAGGUGGUCAUCCGGCGGCUUCCUCCCAGCCUCACCAAGGAGCAGCUGGAAGAGCAGCUACAUCCACUGCCCGCACAUGAUUACUUUGAGUUCUUUACUGCCGAUUUCAGUCUUUAUCCUCAUCUCUACUCAAGAGCAUACAUUAAUUUUAGAAAUCCUGAUGACAUCCUUCUUUUUAGAGAUCGUUUUGAUGGAUAUAUCUUCAUUGACAGUAAAGGCCUGGAAUAUCCUGCUGUGGUAGAGUUUGCCCCAUUCCAGAAGAUAGCCAAAAAGAGGCUAAAGAAAAAAGAUGCCAAAACCGGAAGCAUUGAAGAGGAUCCAGAAUAUAAGAAGUUUUUGGAAACUUAUUGUGUAGAGGAAGAGAAAGCUAAUGCCAAUCCUGAAACUCUUCUGGGAGACAUAGAGGCAAAGACCAGAGAACUCAUUGCUAGAAGAACCACACCUCUUUUGGAAUAUAUUAGAAAUAGAAAAUUAGAGAAACAGAGGAUUCGAGAAGAGAAGCGAGAAGAGCGAAGGAGGAGGGAGCUGGAGAAGAAGCGUUUACGGGAAGAAGAAAAGAGAAAAAAGAGAGAAGAGGAGAGGUGUAAGAGAAAAGAAGCGGACAAACAGAAGAGAACAGCUGAGAGAGAAGUAAGGAUUAAGCUUCUUAAGAAACCAGAAAAGGGAGAGGAACCAACCACUGAGAAGCCAAAAGAAAGAGGAGAGGAAAUGGAUAUUAGAGAUGGAGAACAGGGGUCCUGUCCUGGCUGUGCUGUCCGGAAGCCCAUGCUCUUGGGGAGCUCGCUGGAGGAACCCAGGGGAAAGACCGGCCGGCCUUGCAGCUGUACCAGCCAGGAGCGCGCAUCCGAGCACGAGGAGGUGGUGGUGGGGCCUCUGUGGAGUGCCCUGACGGGAGCAGUGGCGAGGCUGAAGAUUCAGCAGCACAGGGUGGUUCCCAGAAGAACGAAGAGGCAGGGUGAGUCAGCGUGCAUGUUUGACGGGCAGCUCCCAUUCGGCAUUCUGGAAAUGUACAAGCCAGCCUUGAAUCUAACCUGCAAAGUGAAUUUACUCCUUAUAAAGAAAUCAGAAACUAGAAAUAUAAUGUGGCAUAGAGACAUCUAGAAACCAUUAUUAAGACAGAAGCACUCUUUUAAAAAAUUGAAAAGUUGUCAUAGAUUUUACUAUUUUUAGUAUAAACUAGUAUGUCUCAUUUGGCCAAAACAAUAUGUACUUUGAGUUCCACACAUUUGUAAGUGAUCUGUUGGGAUCCAUGCUGUGUGUAGUGUGUGGGCUAUAGUUCGGGGGAAGGGAUGGCUCUCAUUCCACUGUAACCCGGUGACACAGACACCUGUGCCAUUUGUCCUGAGCAUUCCCUGACGUCUGUGUGUUGUAGCCCCUGCAGUAGGAACAGUAACACUAUAUAAAAUCUGACAGCUUUAAGUAUUACCCUUUUAACAAUGUGGCCACUGACCUUUUUCACAGUCUUUUGAUGGAUGUGCUCAUGAUUUAUAACCACUGUGAUUUAAGGAUUGCUGAGGUAACAUAAGGGCAUUAUUUUGGGACAGUGAUAACUUAGGUUGGCAUCUAAGGUUUUUCUUUUCACAGUCUGAGGCAGUUUUAUUUUGAAAUUACUCAUUGGAGUUUUUUGCAGUUAUGUGUUCUACAGUAUUUUUUAAUGUUAGUGAAAAGUUUUAAACAAUGUAUUUUUGGCAAUAUGCUUUGAAUCACUUAUUAAAUAAAAAUUUUAGUUGCUGUGGAUUCGAAGUCCAGUUGUACUGUUUCAACGUCCAAUUGUACAUAAUAAAACAUUACUUUUUAAAAUGUA